GGAGUAUAUAGUUCACAGAAUCUAUGUGUAGCAGAGACAUAUGUAGCACGAGUAAAAAAAAGUAGAUGCCAGUAAAAUGCGUCGGCGCACUUAGGUGCCUACGAGCUAUGGAAGAAAUAUAUCAGGAGCUAGAGAGCUAUUCUGUUAUUUGAGAAGAGAUAUACGUUCUUGAGUGUCAUGUGGAGACAUGUGUGUGAAAUUAGUGGAUCCAGAGUAUCGAGAAAAAUUAUCGAAUUCUGCAUAAGUUCGGAAUAUGCAAUAUUAAUCUCGUUACGACGGAUAUCACGUAGAACAUAAUCUAUACCGGGGAUUCGGCGAGACAUAACCUUUGACGAGCACAUUGCGAAGCCAUUAAUGUAUAACAAGGAAAUUACGACCACGUGACAGUGAGCGUGUGCAUAAUUUUCAUAUAUACUUGAAUUAUCAACCAACCACAUAAAUAAAAUGCGACGGGCCAGGAUUAAGGCAGUUGCAACUGUCCCAGUUAGGCGAAAGAAUGUACAAGAUGGAGCCAAUGCAGAUUCACCAAAAACUAUCAUUCCCAAUGAAAUGAACAAUGAGGAUGGCCAAAAAGUUAAACAUUUAAAUGUUUCGGAAGACCCAAUUCCUGAAAAACAUAUUGAAAAAGCUCCUCGAAUAUCAACUCCGCCACCAGUGCAACCACUAGUACAACCAGAGGAUCCAAUAAUUAGAAAUGCUGAUGCAGCUUUGCUAAAAGUGAAGAAGGAAGAAUCAACGAUUAUUCCACCAGCAAACAUUAAACCAGAAUUAAACAACAAGACAAAAAGCACAGAGCAAGCAAUAGAAAAACCAUCUAAUGAACGUUUUGAGAUUGUACCAUCUAAAGUAAAACAACUACCGAUAAUUACGGAAACCACAAUUCCACCGGAACCUAUGUCACCUACAAAAAUCUUGCAAAAUAGAUCCUGCUUCAUGAGACCAAUCCCAAGAUUAGAUGGAGGUGGUCGAAUUCGGAGAAAUAGUAUUCAAGGAAGUGGAGCUAGUGCAAGCGAAUCAGAAGAUGAUAGUAAAAGGUCAACCUCUGUUGUACCAAAUCGUGUUCGAAAUGAUUCAGUUUGUUCUGUUCAAAGCAAUAAAGAGGUUCCUAGUAAUGCUAUGACCAACAGUGGUAAUUUAGCAACAAAACCAGGACAGAAAAGACGAAUAAUGGUAUCGGAAUCAGCAAGAAAAUUAGCUGAAGCUAGAAGAGAAUUUUUACUGAAGCACGAAAAUAAAGCACCUGAUAGGAACAAGUUGACUAUGUACGAUUUAAUUUAUUAUAAUCCAGUAGCAAAUCCAAUGAAGAAGCAAAAUGAGAAUGCACCAACUUCAAGAAGAGCUUCAAUUUGCUCCUCUGUUGAAGUUCAGGAAGAAGAAAAUGUGGAUGAACCAACAGCAAUGCCAGUUCCUCAAGUCAAAGUUGGACCAGAUGGCCAAUUAAUAGUUGAUGAACAAAGUCUCAUAAUAGAGCAUACAAAUGCUAAAAAGAAUCGAGAUGCUCUUGCUAAUUCGGAGGCUGUGAUAGACGAUGGUGGUAACAGUAAUGGUUUCUAUAAGAGAAAGCAAAAAAGUAAGGAAUGGCCAAAAUGGGAGACAUUAAAAUUCUACCGUGCCUUGAAUACAGUUGGCACGGAUUUCUUGCUCAUGCAAAGUUUAUUUCCCAAGAGGACUCGUCAAGAAAUAAAAGCCAAAUUUAAAAAAGAAGAAAGAACAAACAGAAGACUAGUUGAAAAGGCACUCAUGUUUCACCAAGAAUUCGAUACCGAAACUUUGGAAAAAGAACUAGCCGCUUUUGAGGAAUCCGAAAAGUCUUUAUGGGAGACGAAAGAAAAAGAGAAAGGUACUAAGAACGACAAAGAGAGACCAAAGAUUGGACGAAAGAGGUCUUCUCGAUUAGUGGCAUCAAGCAUAGCUGAAUCGGAAGACACGGAUGAGGCUGAAGUGAAUGAACCUGCACUAUCGGCCGACGUAGAAAAUAUAAGCCUAGACGAAUUACUACGUUCUGAAGCAUUCAAAAGCUUUUGUAAUCAGAAGAGAAAGAAACGCGUACGAAGUAAACGUACUCGUUCGAUAGAAAGUACCCUAGACAAUCUAACAAAUGAGACAAACAGCAUCCAGGACACAGACAGUGACAACGAGGUUUACCAAAUAAGACCAACACGUUCUGGCCGAUUACCUAAGGUGAGGAAACUGCAGGCACCCGACGUAAAUACUCUGGACACAACAAUUUUAUCCGACAAUAUUGAAGAGGUUAAUACAAUUGAUAUUGAGCCUUCCAAGGAGCAAGCAAUUCUGGAAAAUUCGGAUGCAACAGAGAAGCUGGUGCAAGAACCAACAAAUGAUCAUCCGGUAUCACCAGUGCAACCGCCGGAAGUAAUCAAGAAUUCGUUACCAGAUAUGAGUCAGGUAGAACCUGGUUCACUUGUUAUAUUUGCUCAGGAAUCUAUGGAGGAACCAGAGAACACUAUAGUUCAAGUUUAUAUGGUUAAUCCACACGUCGAUCCUAAUGAUCCCAAUGCUAAACAAAACAUGACGCCUGUAGAUCUUACUCCGGAAUUACUAGCGACUGUUACUUCUGGAAUAGCGAAAGUGGAACCAAUUUCUGUGAAAACGGAAUAAAAAAUGAUGAAAAACGCAAUGAACAAUUAUUGAAUACUACAAAAUCGAUUGAUUUGAUUGAGUAAUGUCACUUUUAAUAAGAAGUCAAUUAAUUUUAUACAUUGUG